AUGUCGGGAGACGCAAGGUCACUGCUCCGAGCGGCCGCAAAUGAACGCGCCAAAGUAGGAGCAUCUGGGAUCACAGACCGAUUUGCGUCGUACUCUUCGACGGGAGGUCUGCGAUGCUCAGCAUGCAGCUUCGUCGCCAUCAAGCACGAGUCUCUAUGGGGAGCUCAUGUGCUGAGCAAGAGUCAUCGAGCCAACGCUACUCGUAUUCGGGACGAGGAAUUGCGACAAGCCGAGGUGCAGCGAACAAGGGACGGCAAGCGCAAAGCAGAGGAGAAUGCAGCGCCAGGACACGACGCGAGCAGAGAUGCGGAUGCAUCAACCGCUGAAGCUGACGAUGCUGUGCAAGGUGGCAAGAGGCCUCGCACUGAUUCGACGAACGAAGCAUCGGUAAAGUCGUCAGCCUUCGACCCAGAGUGGGAACUUUUCAAGUCUCAGAUGGAGUCGACGGAACCAGAGCAGGACGCAUCGAACCACACAACAGAAGUAGGUGCUGCACUGGAGGCGGAGGCACAAUUGAUAUCGCAAGGCAACGAGCUCGGUUUAGGAGAAGCUGAAUUCGAGGCUGCCGACGCAAAGAGUGCCGAAGAUUUGGAAGCGGAGGAAAGAGCACGCAAGGAGCAAGAAGAGCGAGAAGAGAUUCUUUCUAGAUUUGAAGAGGAGCAACGCCAGCAAGACGAGGCGGAUUCUCGAGUCUCGGCGUUGAAACAGCGCUUGCAGCGCAUCAAGCAGGCUCGCCUCGACAAGCAGAAGGCCAAGCCCAACCCCUAG